AGUCUUGCAAAGAUGAUAUUCUACCAUAAGAUAGCAGUAUUAAUUUCCAGGUAGCACCUAAUACGUGAUGGCUUGCUUGCAAGAACAUGCCUGAAUUUCCCCUGAAAUGCCACCAGACAUUCUAGCUGAGAUGACUGACGCAAAACAUCCCUUGUCCUCCAAUAGAGCAGAGGCGAAAUGGUGGCGCGAAGCCGUCGUAUACCAAAUCUAUCCGAGAUCCUUCUGCGACUCUAACGGAGACGGGAUCGGUGAUAUCUGCGGGAUCAUUUCUAAGAUUGACUAUCUGAAAGAUCUCGGAGUCGACGUGGUCUGGUUGUCCCCCAUCUACGCCAGUCCGCAACAUGACAUGGGAUAUGAUAUUUCCGACUACAGGCGAAUCCACCCCGAAUAUGGAACUAUGGAAGACUGGGAGUGCCUGUUGAACGAACUGCAUAAGGCAGGGAUCAAGCUCAUCAUGGACUUGGUCGUAAAUCACACUUCGAUCGACCACCCCUGGUUUGUCCAGUCGCGGUCGAGUAAUGACAAUGUCAAGCGCGAUUGGUAUCAUUGGCAACCUCCAAAGUACGACGCGGAGGGACGGCGACAGCCGCCAAAUAAUUGGCGGUCUUUCUUCGGUAAAGGAUCGGCAUGGGAAUGGGAUGAAAAUACUCAGGAGUACUAUCUUCGCGUGUUUACAAAGGAACAGCCAGACCUCAAUUGGGAGAAUCCUACAAUGCGAGCAGCGGUUCGGGAAGUUGUGACAUUCUGGCUGGACAAAGGUGUAGAUGGAUUUCGAAUCGAUGCAAUUAAUUACAUCUGCAAAGCUGAUGGAUACCCUGAUUCCGAGAUCGUAGAUGAGUCGUCCCGCUUCCAACCAGCGAUGCACCUUUACAUGAACGUUGGAAAUGUGCACAAGUAUCUUCGUGAGUUACACGUUGCCACCUUUUCGCAGUACGAUGUUAUGACAGUUGGAGAAACACCAUAUGUCCCCGCUACACAACUGGCUCUCGACUACGUCCACCCAGACCGAAAAGAAUUUGACAUGAUCUUUCAAUGGGAGCACAUGGAUAUCGAUCGCGUUCCUGGUAGCCUCCUCAAAUGGAAGCCGUGGAAGCUUCCCGAGCUCAAGAAAAUCUUCAACUGCUGGCAACGACUGAUGUUUGAGAAUGGUGGUUGGAAUUCGCUGUACAUGGAAAACCAUGAUCAGGGAAGAUCGAUUUCUCGGUUCGGAUCCGAUCGACCAGAGUUCCGCGGCGUCUCCGGAAAACUACUCGCCAUGAUGCUGGGUACGCUCAGCGGGACGUUGUAUAUCUAUCAGGGCCAGGAGAUCGGAAUGACAAACCCAACUAAAUGGGGAUUGAAAGACUAUCCAGACAUUGUCACAAAGACGUACAUCCUAGAGGAGAAGGAGCAGCGAAUCCGGGAUACGGGGGAAACAGAACCUGACAUGAAGGAUCUACUUCAAGACAUCCGGCUCAAGGCGCGAGACAACGGCCGCACUCCCAUACCGUGGAAUUCCUUGCAACCCAGUGCCGGAUUUACGACAGGGACACCUUGGAUGCCACUUAAUCCUGACUUUGCAGUCUGCAAUGUUGACGCAGCUGUGAAAGACACGACAUCUAUUUUCCAUUUCUGGAAGAAGCUAUUGAGCAUCCGAGCGGGAUGGAAGACGCUGGUGUAUGGUAGUUUUGAACUAUUGUCACCUGAGGACCCUCAUAUCUUCGCGUAUCGACGGACACUGCCUGGUUCAGCGUCUGCUCUGGUUGUACUAAAUCUAUCAUCGCAGUCUGUUGAUUGGGAGUUCCCGCUGGAUUUAAAUCACUUUGGUAAUAUACGUGGAGUUUUCAACAACUAUCCUAUGCCAUCAACAAUCAGCAAUCACUUUUCUAUGCGGCCGUGGGAAUGCAGGCUGUAUACAUACGAUCAAAUUUGA